CCGAAAAUAUUAUACAACAAUCACCAGUAUUCACACAAAACGGAAUGGCGUAUGUGUGUCAUUGUCAGUGAGACUUCUGCGUGCUCAAGGUGAGGACGACUGGUGUCAACGAUAUUGCAAAUAAGAUAGCGAUGUUGCAAGAUUACAAGGAGACAUAAAUGUCACUUUAUAAAUCAAUGAAUAAUAUCGACUCAGAGUUAUAAAAAAGGUGGUAAGCAAAAAGCAUAAUAUAAAUAUAAUGUCCAGGUGGGUGAAUCUACUUAUCAAUAUUAUUAUCUUUAAAUGAUUUUAUAACGUUUAUUUUACAGGAUGUUUUUGCGUAUUAUAUAUAUUUUCUAACCAAGCUUAAAACUUUUUCCAGGUUUUAAUUUUUUUCAUAAUUGUUAUAUUUUGAUCAAAUUUUGUAUUUCAGGUAUAACAUAACUUUUUCUGUUUUUCAGGAUAAAUUCAUUUUUUACUUUUCAGGGCACUAACAAUUUUUCUUCUAACCAAUAUUUUUUUUUUCUACCUAAAAAUAUGCCGAGCACCAUUUAUUGUUUGUUAAAAUUAUUACUUUUCGUUUAUUAUAUAUAGUCAUUAAUUUCCUCUAUAAAUACAAUAAUCUAAUUAUAAAUCAUCAUAGGCUUGUGAACAACAGUUGGAAUUCCAGCCCUGGCAGCCAUGGGGAGAAUGUUCUGUAACAUGCGGGGGAGGAGAGUCUGUUCGUCGUCGAGUGUGCAAACAAGGACAAAAUCAAUGCACAGGAGUGGCAAUGGAAACGAGAAUAUGUGCUUCACAAAAAUGCCCAGAUUGGUCUGAGUGGUCAGACUGGUCAGAAUGUAGUGUGUCCUGUGGUGACGGACAACAAUCACGAGAUCGCAGAUGUGUGAACGGAAUGACUGAUAAAGAUUGUGAAGGGGCACCUAAAGAAUUGAGGAAUUGCUCAAUGAAAAAUUGUGAAAUUUUCUGGACUGAAUGGGGAGCAUGGUCGCAAUGUAGUGUUAGUUGUGGUGGGGGAAUAACGAUCAGAUCAAGAACGUGCGGUGAAGAUGAUCAUGGUGAUGAUGACCACGAAGAUGGAUGUAUGGGUGAUGAAACAGAAACAUUGCCAUGCAAAUCAGAAGCAUGUCCAAAAUGGUCAGAGUGGUCAUUGUGGUCAGAUUGUGACGUCACAUGUGGAGACGGUAACCGAGCAAGAAGUAGAAUAUGUGAACAUGGGGGAACUGCUGGAAUUGAUUGCAUUGGUUCAGCGGUUGAUUUCGAAGCAUGCUUCCAAAAAUGUACCGUCUCAUGGAAUGAAUGGGGUGAAUGGUCUUUAUGUGACGUCACGUGUGGUGGGGGAGAAAUGCUUCGCUUCAGAACUUGCAACGGUGGUACUGCCGGCGUUGAGUGUGAGGGCGACCCAGUGGAAAAUCAAGUUUGCAACAUUUUGAAAUGUCCAACUUGGACCGAGUAUGGCGAUUGGUCGGAGUGCAGUGCCUCUUGUGGAGCAGGAGAGAGAAUCCGCGUGAGAGAUUGCAAUGGCGGUAUUGCUGGAGUUGACUGUGAAGGUGAAUCAUUAGAUGGUGAAGAUUGUACAAUAAAGAAAUGUGCUUCUUGGACCCAGUAUGGUGAUUGGUCAGAAUGCAGCGCUUCUUGUGGCGAAGGCGAGCAGAUUCGAAUAAGAAUGUGCACAAACGGACAGGGUGGUGUCGAUUGUGUUGGUGACGAUAUGCAGACUCAAAUAUGUAACAUACGGGAAUGCAUCACAUGGACACAAUGGGGAGAAUGGUCUGAUUGUAGCUCUACCUGUGGAGAUGGAGAGGCAAUAAGAGUUCGUACAUGUACUGAUGGCAUAGCUGGUGUUGACUGUGUUGGCGAUGCCAUGGAAACUAAAAACUGCAACGAAAGGAAAUGCAUUUUUGCCGUCAUUUCUUGGGCAAAUUGGAUGCAAUGGUCAGACUGUGAUGCAACAUGUGGCUUUGCAGAAAGAGUGAGGUUGCGAUCAUGCGAAGGCGGAAAACCUGGAAUUGACUGUGCUGGAGAAGAUGUUGAUUCGGAACAAUGUGCUUUAUUGGCUUGUCCUUUCUGGGACGAAUGGACCACGUGGUCCGAAUGCAGUGCUACAUGUGGCAACGGGGAUCGAUUCAGAGAACGUGAAUGCUUGAAUGGAGAUGUAGGAGUAGAUUGUUUUGGAUCUGAUUUUGAAACUGAAUCCUGUAACAACGGGGAAUGUUCUCGAUGGGGAGAAUACACACCCUGGUCUGUAUGCAGUGUAACGUGCGGUACUGGUGUAGUCAUGAGGACGAGGCUAUGUGUUCGCGGUAGCACUGGAGAUGAUUGUAUCGGAGAUCCGCAAGAAAUACAAUCAUGUGAAAAAGAGGUGUGUGAGACUGGAGAGUGGGGACCAUGGCAACAGUGGUCUAUAUGUUCGGCUACGUGCGGUGGUGGAGAAAGAAACAGAUUCAGAGUUUGCGUAGGAGGAAUGGCUGGAUCUGGCGGGUGUCCAGGACCUGAUUCAGAAAUUGGAAUAUGUGGAGAAUCUGAAUUUGAUGAUUGUCCCAAAUGGAGUAGUUGGUCAACAUGGUCUGAAUGCAGCAGUACAUGCGGCGGGGGACAAAAAAGGCAUACAAGAAUAUGCAUCAAUGGAGAUGUAGGAGAAGGAUGUGGCGAUGGACCUACUUCCGAAGAAAUGGAUUGUAAUUCACAGCAAUGUCCCAUCUGGGGAGUUUGGACAUCAUGGAGUGGAUGCAGUAAAUCAUGUGAUGGUGGCUUGAGAGAAAGAUCACGUGAAUGUAUCAACGGAUUUCCCGGCGACAUAGGAUGUGAUGAAACUGACGGUGUCGGGGAGUUUGCUAAUCAAAUCUGCAAUCCACAGGUCUGUCCAAGAUUUGGUCCCUGGAGUGCAUGGAGUGCUUGCAAUGGCACAUGUGGCGAGCCCGGUAUUCGAAUCCACACAAGAGAGUGCGUUGGAGGAGAAGUUGGUCAGCUAGGAUGCGAGGGACCAGUCAGCGAAGACCAAGAUUGCGAAGGCUCACCAUGUCCAUUCUGGUCACCUUGGGACGGAUGGGGCAGCUGCACAAAACCUUGCGGUGCUGGAGUGAGAUCGCGUGGAAGACUUUGUGUUCACGGCAAUCCAGGUGAAUCUGGCUGCCAAGGUCCCGAUAGUCAGACUGAAGUUUGUAAUCAAGAGACUUGUUCCUACUGGUCGAAAUGGGGUGAGUGGGGAGCAUGCUCAAGAACUUGCGGGGAAGCAGAAAGAUUUAGAAUUCGACUCUGCAUCAAUGGAGAAAUCGGAGAAGCUGGAUGUGACAUAGGAAGUUCGACAGAAGUUGCGGACUGUCCUUUCAUUGAUUGCAACGCUUGUACUCCCAACCUGGAAUUACAAGGUAUAAGCAAUGGUUUCGUGGCGUGUACUCUCAGUACCCAGAUUGGAUCUAUCUGCACAUUCUCAUGUGAAGAUAAUUACCAAUUGGUUGGAAUCGAUAGCUCAACAUGUGAAGAAAAAUCUCAGAACGUUGCAGAGUGGUCGGUUGGACCACCCACGUGUACAGAACGUUGCAGUGAUGAAACGGAUAUUGUUUUCGUUAUCGAUAGUUCUUCCAGUAUUAAAGAACAGAAUUUCAAAGUGAUUAGAAGUUUCAUUAAACAAGUUGUCAGAAGAUUCCGAAUCGGACAAAACGCAGCUUUGGUCGGCGCGCUGAGAUACAAUAAAGAAGUUUCCAAACUUUGGGAUCUGAAUUCGUAUAGAACAUUGGAUGAGGUGUUGAAUGCAAUUGAUAAUAUUCCUUAUGAUGGAUCCGGCACAAUGACUGGACAGGCCAUCCAAUAUGCUCACGAUCACAUGUUCAAAGCUGAAGCUGGCAGACGACCUGGAGUUCCUAAAGUGGUUGUUGUCAUUACUGAUGGUGUUUCAUUUGAUGAUGUAAGCCAAUCGUCCACUUUGCUGAAAAGCGAAGGUGCACUCAUUGUUGCAGUGGGCAUUGGCAAUGUGAAUAUUGAUGAAAUAAACGAUAUUGCUUCCGAUCCUGAUCGACAUUUUGCAACCACUGUUUCCGAUUUCGAUUCCCUGCCUAAAGUUGUCUCUACUAUCGCGGAUCAAGUCAAAUUAUGUCAGCCGAUUGAAAUUCCAUUGAAUUGCCCUCCUCAAGCGCUCAUUGAUCUUGUGUUCAUCGUCGAUAGCUCCAGCAGCAUCGGAUUACAAAAUUUCGAGACUAUCAGAAAGUUCAUCAAAGAUAUUAUUAUUGAGUUCAAUGUUGGUUAUGACUCCGCCAUGUUCGGACUCAUCAUGUUUAACCGUGAUGUGAAUGAAGUUUUCCAGCUCCAGGAUUACGACGAAAAGUCCGAAGUAAUUGAAGCUAUCGAUGGAUUGCCGUAUAGUGGUUCCGGUACAAGAACAGGCAAAGCGCUGAUGUAUGCUGCUGCGAAUUCCUUCCUUGAAUCCGCUGGAGGGCGCCCCGGAAUUCCAAAAGUAUCGAUUGUGAUCACUGACGGAAAAUCUCAAGACGAUGUUCAGAGUGGUGCAGUCCAGUUGAAGCAGAAAGCAAAUGUAAUUGUGAUCGGUAUAGAAGGGGCAGUGAAAACUGAAUUAAACCAGAUUGCUUCAUACUCAUCCAACGUCUUUACUACGCGAUUUGAAACUCUGGGAGAAGUGAUGGAUCAACUCAAAAUGGCAGUCUGUUUCGCCAGUCGUGCUGGGAUGAUGGUUGUAGAAGAAUGAUUUGAACAUAAUUUAUACAAAAAAUAUUGUUUUGGUCAUGUUUGAUCACGAAAACUAUAAGAUAUUCUAUUGCAUGGAAAUGGCGAAAUUCAUCUUAAUUUUCAAGCAUUUUAUUCGUGCUGACUGAUGCAUCAUUUAAUUUUAUUCGCUACAACUAACUAUAUCAUUUUUGUAUAUCUAGAUUUUUAAAUCAGUAAUUAAGGAUAAUAAAAAUCGUGAUUUUUUCAUCAUUUAAAAUUUUCUUUUUCAUGUUUUCAAUCAUUGCUAAAUUUCAUUUAAUAUUUACAUCCACUCUAUAGCAUUAUAUUAACAUUGUAAUAUAAAUCGUCUUAAAAUACAAAAUAAAGGAUAUCCUAAAA